AUGGGCAUAGAGCUACUCACUCGACCACUCGGCAGCACUAGCCGUUCGAACAUCGCCGAGGUGGCGUCACCGACCGUCACCGCCGCGUCUCAGUCGCAGGCGGCAUCUGAAGCUCCCAUCUCUCCUCAGAAACACAACCAGAACUCGAACCAAAAGAAAAAUAGGAGCUUUUCCUCCAUUAUCAAACCCAACAGCUCCGCGAAACUCUUGAACCAGACGAUCUCCUCCCUAUCUCAGCUGAAGAAAACUCAUGCCCAUCUCCUCCGCCGCAACCUCCUCUUCCACGCCGACCACUCCCUUGCCUCCCUCCUCUCCCACUACGCCUCUCUUUCCUCCCCUUUCUCCGCUUUCUCCGUCGCCAUUUCUGCCCCAAAGGCCUCCCUCCAUCUCUUCAAUCGCGCCAUCCGCGCGCUCUCAAAGUCUGGCCUCUCCCUCCGCCUCUACGCCCGCAUGCCCUCCCUCGCCAUCUCCCCGGACAACUUCACCUUCCCCUUCGUCCUCAACUCCUGCGCAGCCAUGGGCGAUCUCCCUGCCGGCGCCGAGAUCCAUUCCCGCCUCCUUCGCGCCGGCUUCGCCCACCACCUCCCUGUCGCCAAUGCUCUCAUCGACAUGUACGGUAAGUGCGACCAGCUCCCCCUCGCCGGCCGCUUCUUCGACGAAAUGCCCGUUACAGAUCUCGUCUCCCACAACGCACUUCUGGGCGCCCACGCUCGUGUUGGCGAAGACAUGCUAUCCGCCAGGAAGUUGUUCGAUCAAAUGCCUGACAAGAACAUCAUCUCCUGGAACGCGAUGAUCGUCGGCUACGUGAAUGCAGGGAACCUCGCCUCCGCAAGAGCGAUUUUUAACGCCAUCCCCUGCCGUAAUUUGGUUUCCUGGAGUGUGAUGAUAGUGGGAUACUGUAAAAAAGGAUUGGUAGAUGCUGCGCGGGAGCUGUUUGAUGAAAUGCCGCAGCAGAACUUGGUCUCAUGGACUGUGAUGAUCUCAGGCUACAUGCAGGACAGGCGGGCGAAGGAAGCUUUAGCAUUAUUCAACGACAUGCAGAGGUGCGGCGUGGAGCCAGAUUCCGCCACCAUGACCUGCGUGGUAUCCGCCAUUAGCCAGCUCGGGAGCACAGAGCUGGGCCGCUGGGUUGGGGCUUAUAUCCAUCAGAAACACAUCCAAAAGAACGUUCGGCUGCUCACCGCACUCAUCGACAUGUACGCCAAGUGCGGCGAAGUAGAGAGAGCUCUUGGCUUAUUUGACGAAAUCCCAUCGCCGGAUGCUCACUCCUACACCGCUCUGAUCAAUGGGCUCGCGUCGAACGGCCAUGGAGGGGAAGCUCUGAAGCUGUUUGAGAGAAUGCGAGGGGAGGGAAUAAGGCCGGAUCCGAUCACAUUCGUGGGUGUGCUGAGUGCUUGCGGGCAUUCGGGGCUGGUGGAGGAUGGAUUGAGGUAUUGGCGGAGUAUGGUGGAGGAGUAUGGGAUUAAGCCAUGUUCGGAUCAUUAUGCGUGCGUGGUUGAUAUGCUGGGCCGUGCGGGGAGGCUCGGGGAGGCUUAUGAGAUGAUCAGCAGAAUGCCGGAGUUGGUGGGAAGUCAUGUGGGAGCUCUUGGAGCAAUUCUUGCGGCCUGUAGGAGUUAUGGUGAUGUGGAGAUGGGGAAGAUUGUUGCUGGGGACCUCUUUGUGAUGGAGCCGCAGAAUACUGGAAAUUAUAUUCUGCUAUCGAGUAUAUAUGCUGAGAAAGGACUUUGGAGUGAGGCUGAUAGAGUGAGGAAGAUGAUGAGAGGAAGAGCAGUUGAGAAGCUGCCAGGAUCCAGUUGGGUCUGAAAAUUGAGAAAAUCAAGUCCUCCCUCCAAUUUUUUUUAAAUAUAUUUACACAUUAUUUUAAAGGAUUAUGUCAUAAUUUUUUUGACAAAAAUUUUGUGUUGGUUAUCCACUAUCUAACUCUACUCUCCAUUUUUCGC